UCUGUGGAAGUCGCUUAGUAAUUAAUAUAUCAUAGCUAGUCACUGUGGUCGGGCAACCAUUCAAUUUGUCCAUUGUAUCUUAAAAUUUAAAUCGUGAAUGUGACCGACACCGCUCCUAGCAACGGAUGAAAAGUUGUAGGCAUGGUCACCGUGAAGGCGUGAACUCUUUUUUUCUGUCAGCACUCAACAAUAAUUCAGGUAAUUCCAUGGCUACUUCUGUAAGGGGUGGAAUCAAGUUAGAAGAGACAGUAGGUACUGACUCCCAAAUUAAUACUAUAACUGUUGUAACAUCAGGUAGAGUUGGUCAGACUCAUGUUAUACAACCAGUACAACAAACUUCCGUGAAGCGUAAAUCUAUUAAUACGAAACUGAAUAGUAGUUUACAACAUGCAAAUCCUCUAUUGUGUGGAACCAGCCCAGUUCAUGAUGAUAGAUCUAAUAAAUCAACGGAUGAUGAUGAACUUGAUGAUGAACAUCACCUAGAUCAUAAAGAUAGGAAUUCUUCUACAGUUACUGUUGAUAAUGGUCAUUAUAUUGUUGCAGAAUCAGGUAUUAUAAGCCAACCAACAUGUCAUGCACAAAAUAAAGCUAAUGGAACAAAUAUAAUAAAACAGAAUGUAGACAAUGAUCAUAAUAUUAUUGUCACCGCUCAAACAUACAGCCUAAAAUCCGUUAUAUCUUCGGAUGUGUCUUAUCAUACAGUUAACGCUACUAAAUUGAGUGUAACAAACAUGGAUAAACCGAAUGGAGUCGAGUCAUAUGGAGGAAUGCAAAACUCCGGUGUUGUGCAAGCAAAUAAAAUUUCUCCUGCAACUGUCGACUGGCUGAUGGAUAAUUAUGAAAAGGCUGAAGGAGUGUCGUUACUUCGAUCAACAAUAUAUGAUAAUUAUUUAACACAUUGCACAGAAACUAAAUUUGAUCCUUUAAAUGCACCAUCAUUUGGUAAACUUAUCCGAUCUGUGUUUACGGGAUUACAAACAAGACGUCUAGGAACUCGAGGAAAUUCCAAAUACCAUUAUUAUGGUAUUAGAAUUAAACCUAAUUCAUUAUUAAAUGACUUUAAAGAAGAAGAAAGCCUACCAGUUGGAAGAACAAGUCAAAGUAUUAGUUCAAAAAAAAUUAAAUCUAUUAAAACUGUCGCUCAAAAUUAUAGUCAAUGUACCACCAACAGUUCAGAUUCUGGUAAUUAUUCUCAAAACAGUAUUCCUUAUCAUCAAGGACAAGACCAAGAAUAUUUAGGUGAUGGUGCUAAUGCUGUACCACUAUUUCCUGAUAUUAUAUUGGAUGAAAUACAAUUGGAUGAUAAUUGUACUAUAGAAGAUGUAGAUACGUUCAAACAUUUGUACCGUGAACAUUAUAAAGCGUUUUUAAGUGCUGUGUUGAACUUAGAAUUUGGCACUAUUGAGUCACUUUGGCGUCAAUUUUGGUGUAGUCAAGAUGAUAAAAAUGACAAAUAUGAAGGAGAACAAUAUUUGUCUAAAGAAAAAUUAUAUUCAUUGUCAAAGUGCAAAACAUUGCAACUGUUUGUGAAAACUGUUGAUUUUCUAUUUUAUCAAAACUUGGUUAAAGUUUUAAUUCCAGAUGUUCUUCGGCCUGUUCCUAGAACAUUAACUGAAGCAAUUAGAAAUUUUUCCAAAAGCCUAGAGUUAUGGCUUAUAUCUGCAAUGCAUGGGUUUCCAGAAGAAAUGAUUUCAAUAAAAGUGGCUGCUGUUAGAGCCUUUGCACAAACUUUACGCAGAUGCACUUCUGCAAGAGCUGUGUUUCAAAACUAUACCCAAAUAAAUCAAAUACUUACUGAUUUGAAUUGUAUGGACUUCCAUAAUGAACAAGAACAAGUUCAACAAAUAAAUAAUUUGGGAAAUGAUAAUGAUGCGGUUCAUACUAAGAAGAGGGUUAAUAGUAAAAUAAAUGAGGACUCUGAAACUCUUUCGGAUUGUAACGAACCUCCAAAAAAACCAAAAACUCACAAUUAUUCUGCUGGAACUUCCACAGAUCCAGGACGUUUUAAUGUUUUAUUAAAAAGUCCAACAAAAGAAACCAAGAAAAAUAAAUCCAAGAUGGCAAUAGAAGAAACUGAGUCGUCAAAAGAUGACAUGGAUAAGGAAACAUAUUAUAGCAAUGAUCAUGUUGGUGAUGAAUAUGAAAAUAAUUUUGUUUUCUCUACUCAGGACGAUUACAAUUAUUCAGAAUAUCCCACUAUGACUGACACUGGUCGGUUUUCUUGUCGAUUUUGUGAUAGAGAAUUUACCAACGCCAAUAGUUUAUCCAGACAUGAAAAUGUUCAUACUGGAAGAGCUCCUCUCGAGUGUGAUGUUUGCUUUAAAACGUUUAUCAGCAAAUCUAUAUUGUGUAUACAUAAAAGAUCGCAUACCGGGGUGAAACCAUAUGCGUGUGUUAUUUGUGGACGAUCUUUUACGCAAAAAUCAAAUUUGGUUUUACAUUAUAGAACACACACAGGUCAAAAAACCGUUCGACUGCGGUCUGUGUGAAAAAAGUUCUCAUCAACCAGUGGUCGAGCAAAACAUACACGUAGAUGUCAUCCAUAAGACUUAUCAUCAAACCUAGGUUGAUUGCCGUUCUCGUUAAUGAUGUCAUUAUGAAUAUUUCUUUUUCCUGAUUAAAACAUAAUCCUAAUUUGUUAAGAGUUAUAUUAUUACUGAAUGCUUAAACUUAUAUUUAAUUACGUAUCAAUCUUUUCUUAAAAAAUUAUAAAUUGUUUAAUUAAAAAUACUUAUUGUUCAUUAAAAAAAAUAAAAGAAACAAAAUAUUAAAAAAGAAUUUGUUCUUAACCAGGACUCAGAAGUUAAUAAUAUGCAUUUUAAAAGUUUAUAUAAUGUUCUAUAAAUUGGGAAAAAUGUGAAAUAAAUUAUUUUAAAAAACUUACAUUUUUUUCAAUAACGAAGUUCUACAAUUUUAAUUUUUAAUGUGAUAUGUGAUCAAAGAGUUGUGUUGUUUGCAAAGAUUAAAAAUGUUCCCUUAAUUUGUUUCAUUUUUUAGAUACUGAGUUAAGUGAUGUAUGUAUAAAUGUAUGAUUAAUUUGUUAUUUUUGUUUCUGUAAUUCUGUAUACACAAUGUCACAAUACAUAGCAGAAAAAAAUAAAACUACUCUGCAUACAGUUCAAUUAAUGUUCAUAUAAAAAAAAAAAAAACGUUACACUUUGCAAACUAUCACGGGGGCGGAGCACGCGGGUGACAGCUAGUGUCAUAAUAGUAUUGACAUUUUAAUUAAUAGUAAACAUAAUAUAAAAUAAAUAUAUAAUAAUAUUAUACCUAUUAAAGGCUUAGAAAUAAUGAUGACGUACUGAUUUUUACUCAGAAUCGUUUUUUGUGUGAUUGCUUUUACUUAUUAAGUUGAACAAGUUUAACUUAUCUAUCCAUAUUGUGGUGACCUACCUAAUGUGACUAUUACAAUUAUAUGUGAGGUAUGUAACUUUGGUAAAAUGAAUAGAUAAUAAUUUGAACAGUGUGUAGUCAUGGUGGCCUGGGUGUGGGCCCCCAGUACCCACCCAUCUUUGGACUGUAUAAAGUAAUAAUUUUAAAGUAUAUUUAUUUCAUUUAGAAUAUGUAUAGGGUUAAACUAUCAACUAAUGUAAAGGUGCGUACUGUAGUGAAGUAUAAAUUAUAAUGCAUACCUAUUAAGACGUAUAUCCCUACUUUUUUGUCGGUAGCCGGUAGGUUUGGAGGUACCUAUAUCCUAUAAGUAUAUUAUUAUUUAUCUAAGACCGUGCUUUAAGAUAAGAAUAUUAUCUGUGCUUAAGCGUUGGCAAUUUUUCAAUAUUUUUAUUUUCAAGUAUAAGAUACCUAUGUGUAUGUGAAAUAUCAAAAAUUAAAAAUGUUAUUAUCUAAAAACGUUAUAAUAGGUCAAUUCACUCUAAUAUAAAAACCAACAGCAUACUAUUGAAACCAGUGAACGAAAAUUUGUUAUGUCUCAAGUGUGUAAGACGAAGUCAACAAAUGCAUGAGCAGCGUCCUCUUAAUACCUAUGUAAAGAAAUUAAUAAAUUACUUUAGUCAGAUAAAUUGAUUGUAUAUAAUAAUUUGAUAAGUGAUAAGAAGAACGAAUUCUAGAUUACACCUAUUUACUUAAUUUGCUCCAAGUUCAUACGAACAAUGGAAAUUUAUAUUUUUUUCCGAAGGGGACGGCAUAUUUAAAAGAGCCCAGGACGGCAUAGUUGCUCAAAAUCCGGCCCUACGCUCGUUAUGUUACUGUAGAUAGGUAGGUAUAGGUAUGUUAUGAAAUGUACCUACGUUACGUCCGCAGUGUGCUCAGACAUCCUUUCUCCGCCAACUACUGAACUACAGCGGCGAAGCGUUUCUCGGCGCCCAGCAGCCGCCUGCCUAUUGGAGCUUACCUCGGCCGGCGAGGAUCGGUUCCUGAAGGCUUACGCCGCCGGCCACCGCGUUAACGGGUCUCCUGCGGACCAUUGCGUCGUCAAACGAGUUCCAGGACGGUUCGAGCAGGCGCGUCAGUUACUGGCCGUUCUGCGUCUAUUCUGGUCCGGCCCGAGUCGUUUCACUGCAGCCGCCGCCGCCGCCACUGUCACACAAAAUCGGAUAUGACGACAACAUAAACGAUUCCGUCAGAGGAGGGCUCAAUAUUAUCGGGGGGAGAUAAUCGCCUGUCCUCCGGCCGUACAAGGGUCUUCGUCUUCCAAAAAAAACUUAUAUAGGUAUCCCUCUAUUCGUUCCGAUAUGUCGGCCGAAUCGUACAGCGCGAUCGAUUAAAAAACGCGAAUCGUCUAGCUAUUGUCUAAUAAAUAAACUUAUAAACACCAAAUACCUAAUUGCCGUCGUGUCGUUGUAAAGUCUUCGUUGAUCAAUUGCCAUGAACAAAUUAAAUGGGCGAUUCUCACUCUCACGGGCACGUACUGCCUAAGUGGUUGCCUGGGGGAAGGGGGAUAUUUACAGGCCACCCCAUUGAAAUAUAGUUCAAAUAAUUGAGUAAAAAAAGUUAAACCUUAUUCAAAAAUUUCCAUCAUGAUAUUUGUUUUAUUACAUAUCGUGUUCUCAUACGACGAUUACAAAUAUGAAUAUACCUACCUAACAAGUUGUAAUUUAUCGCAAAUGAUGCAAUUCGAUUCUCGAACAGCAUCAUGAUCUGAUUUGAUUGCCAGAACUCAGAAUGGAAAUCGUAAAUAGUAUUUGAAGCUGCUGUUGCGUAGCAUGUGAGUAUGUGACCCUUUUAAGUUUUAGUACUACCUAUGUAGAAAUAGUUAUGUCUACAUGGGUAUAUCAAUUCAACUGUGGGUCACUUAGGGAACUUACUGGAGAGGUCACUGAGUUAGUGUUAGUCCCCUUCGGUCUUUUUACUAGUACCUACCUACAAUUUAUUUUUAAGAGAGGAGGAGCAGACACACAUUGGUUAUUUAAUAUUUACUAAAAAAUGAACUGUCAUAAAGUGAGACAUUUCACCUUAAUAGCAAUAAGCAAAGUUUUUUUAUGUCAGUAAAUUCGAUCAUUUAAAUGUUAAAACUCUGUUAAUCCUAAUUUUGUAAUUAUUUAUAAUUUUUAUUUGUUGACAGUGUAAAAUAAUGCGUUAAUUAAUCCUGUAUAACAACAAAUAACUAUCAAAACUGUUUAUCUUGCAGUGUUCUAAUACAAAUCGAUGUGCCACACAAUUUUUUUAUAGUCUGCGAUUCGAGCGUGAAAAUUGAGCGACAAGCUCGAAAGCCAUGUGUCACCUCGAUUCGUAUGAGAAUUUUACAAAAAAAUACAACUUGAGCAUUAAUUUUUACAUUCAAGGUAAUGUUCUAAAAAUAAGCUAAAUAAACCCAAAUUUUAAAGGUGGAAAAAAAUCUUCAUUGGGUCAUCACACUGACGAGUGCGCAUGAUAUACUAUAGUUACCUAUACCUCAUCCAUUCCAUAAACACCCUGUAUUUAUAGAAUUUUAUUCUCAGUUUUCAGUUGUCACCACGAAUAUAGUGAUGUCUAAAAUGUCCGUGUACAGGGUAUUAUAUCUUAAUUCGUGGUCCUCAGUUUCUCACGUCGCUGUUAUAGUAAUAAUAUUAGUAUACCUACAUCCUGUCUAUGGGCCUCAGUGCAAGACUGCUGGCGCUAAUCAAAUGUACGUGUCU